AUGACUACUGGCAGGAUCAACCAGGUAGCAUUCCUUUCCGACGUCGGCUCCGUGCAAGACAAACGACCUUGCGGGUCGAGUGCUCGCCGCGGGCACGACAGUCGUACGUGUCGAGCGAAAACGCUUCGAAUUGGACGAUCGGAGGCUCGAAGACCCCACGCCCGCUCAAUGCUCCGCAUCCGAGAUCACAAGCAGAAACUUGUGGACCUUCACAAUCUCACGACGAGCCGUGGGUUGAUCGGGACACAAGCACUGCUACGACGUCCUCCCGCUGCCCGCGAAGGGCAAGAGGAGGAAAGGGACAACGAGAGGCACCAUUCCUUAACAAUAGGUAGCCAAAAUAGGAACCCGUUAUAA